GGGUGCGGCGGUUGGCGGCGCAGGCGCACUGGCGCCCCCUUCCCCCCCCCCGCCCGGGAACAGAGCAAAGCAGAAGAUGCUGUUGAUGGCGGAGCGGGAGCUUCGUUGGAGCUAGAUCCUCGGUGACAUGGGUAACGAGAACAGCUUGGAAACCGGCGAGCUGGGUCCGAUAUCCACGCCGGGAGGCGGCGGCGGAGGAGGCGCACAACCACUGAAAACACCCGCGGCCCCCAACGGAGCGCCCGGAGGGCGAGCGACGGCAGGCGGCAGUGCAAGACCACAUCAGAGUAUUCAGCUUGGUCAGCCCGAUGUGAAAACUGAGAUCCUCCAACAAACUAUUCCCAACAAUGAAAGUGCUCGAAGAAUGCAAAAUCAAGGUCGCUCUACACAAUCUAUACAACAAGACCAACGGAGGAAUCUCCAAGUUGACACAAAUAUGAAAAGAACAGAAAAAUUCCAUUCUGCAUCCCCAGAUAGAGGAAGUGCUCCGACCUCUCCUUAUUCAGUACCCCAGAUAGCUCCGCUGCCCAGCAGUACGCUGUGUCCUAUUUGUGCAACUACAGACCUGAACUCUUCUCCAAAACAGCCAAACUUCAACACUUGUACUCGGUGUCAAUCAGUAGUGUGCAAACAGUGUGGGUUUAACCCUAAUCCUGAUAUUACAGAGGUAGAAGAAUGGUUGUGCUUAAACUGUCAGAUGCAGAGAGCACUGGGAAUGGACAUGACGACUGCACCACGCUCCAAGAGUCAUCAGCAGCUACCCUCUCCAUCACACCAGCCCAAAGCAGAACCACAAGCAAAUGUGCUGAGGCAGUCUCAAUCAGAUCAUAUCCCCCAAAAAGGAAGGACCACUCCGGUAAAAAGGGAACUUCCAAAAGUGCCAUCUGAUGUGCAGAGCAGACCUGAGACCAAGAUUCAACCGAGUCAGAGUGAGCAGCGAGGGUCAGCACCUGAUCAAUCUCAACCACACCUUCAUGGUCAACCAAAGCCUGUUGGCCAAACAGAGGCAGCCCGGCCUAUCGGUCAGAGUCAGCAAACUAAGCCUCCCGUUGCAGAACAGAGGAAAACAGCAGAUGGCUCACCGGCAAGAACACAAGCUGGCCCCACCAGUAUACCCCAAGACCAGGAGGGCAUAACUGGUAAACUCUUUGGGUUUGGAACUUCACUUUUAAACCAGGCUACAAAUCUAAUAUCCACACAGCCAGAACAGACUCCACCAAGUCAACAAUCACCCGCCAAAGGGUCAUCAGCUAAGCAGGCUUCAAAAAUAGUUUUCAGUGAUCAAAGCACAGAAAUAAGUUCAAAGUUACAGGGUUCGAUUCCAGGAAUUCAAAUUAAAACUGGAGAUGUCUCUUCAUUUAAACAAGGAAAACCAGAGUCGGUUAUUCAACAGAAAGUAGCCAAGCCCAAAGUAUUGUGCCCACUAUGUAAAACAGAACUGAACGUGGGAUCAGGUCAGUCCCCCAACUUUAACAACUGCACUGAAUGCAAAGUCCAAGUGUGCAACUUGUGUGGCUUCAAUCCAACUCCGCAUCUGAUAGAGAAAAAAGAGUGGCUCUGCCUGAACUGUCAGACUCUGCGGCUAAUGUCUGGAAAUUUAGGAGAUGCGUCUCUUUCUGCCCCACCAUCUGCAUUAAAACCACAACCAGCAUUAUCACCACACCCGCAAGGGCAAAUGGGUGCCAGUAUGCAACAAAGGAAAGGGAGCAGUCAACAACAGCAAGUUGGAUCUGUGCAACAAAUUCAGCAGCAGGUCCCUCCAGCAGCAGGUCAACAAUUCUCACUGCAGAAGGGACCGUCAACACUGAAGUUAACAAAACAGUCCACACCAACUAAACAGCAAGGUCCAUUGGUUGUAGGUAAACAGCAAACGCAGCAAAUGCAUCCUGGACACACUGAGCCCCAGAAGCUUUCCCAGACUGCAGACCCAAACAGGUCACAGUCAGCUAAAACAAAGCCAAAACCUGCAGUGCAGAACACUACCGUGUCUGUACCAUCAAAAGUGAUCAGCACAGACAAGAAAGUGGACCCUUCAAAGGAAAUCACCCAGGCAGCCGAUCUGCAAAAAGUAAAAAUGCAAGAGGAGUUCAGCAAAAGCUAUCCUCAGGAGCAGUCACGCAGCCCACAGAGUUUAAGUGAUACAGGCUACUCAUCUGAUGGCAUAUCAAGCUCCCAAAGUGAGAUCACAACUUUGCUGCACCAUGAGGGGCAAAAACUUAAUGAAUCUGGUCUCACACCACACAGUCCGACGAGCCCUUCAGAAUUUACCAAGUUGGAGAGCACCAUGCGGCCAUUGCUGGAAUCGCAAAAUGUUCGAGAUCGUGCGAAAGGAGGACGGACUGUUUCCGAUUCAAGUGAGACACAAAUACAGCACGAUAGGCUACAGUCACUUCCAGUUACACCAGAGUGUUAUAGUUCUGAUGAAGAACUUGAAGAUAUACAAGAGGAGGAUGAAGAUACUUUGGAAUGGGAAAACCAAAGGGAGCGAAGAGAGAGUCUAGAAUCGCUUGAUGAGUUUGGCAGAAAACUGCAGCAUGACUACACUCAGAGAGGCAGUGAAAGUGCAAAACCACCUCCUCAAGCUCAUCCCGCAAAUGCAGGUGCAGAGUUAACAGAUGAGGAGUUUAUGCGAAGGCAGCUCUUGGAAAUGAGUGCAGAAGAGGACAAUUUGGAAGAUGAGGACUUGGGCAGUCAUACAGGCCAUGUUAGUAUGAAAAAGAGUAAAAAACCUAACUCAGAAUCCAAAAAACUAAGUAUUUCAAAGAGACAUCAGAAUCUUAAUGCAACCAGCAGUUAUGAAGGUACAUCAAUGGAAAAUUAUAGGCAAGAAGAAAGCCAGUCAUGGCAAGAACAGAAGGAACACGAUGAUACCCAUGCAGAAUCUAUAAAUCACGCAGAAGACUCAGUGGGGGAACCAGCUGGAUUACGGCGUUUUAAGACUAUUGACCUGAACACCACAAAUACCUAUACAAGUAGAAGUAUUGAAGUUUGCAAUGAAGCAGAUCUUAAUACUGACAGAGAACCUGAACUUGAGAUGGAAAGUUUAACAGGGUCACCAGAUGAAAAGUCUAAGGGUGAAUAUUCAUCCACAUUGCCUGCCUCAACACCUACAUUAUCAUCGGGCACGUCCCCUACCUCUGUCUCGUCGCUCGAGGAAGAUAGUGAUAGUAGUCCAAGUCGAAGGCAUAGACUUGAGGAAGUUAAACAGCAGAGAAAGGCAAGACAUCGUUCACAUGGGCCUCUGUUGCCAACCAUUGAGGACUCUUCUGAGGAAGAAGAACUACGGGAAGAAGAAGAGCUUCUUCGAGAACAGGAGAAAAUGCGUGAAGUUGAACAGCACCGUAUCAGAAGCACAGCAAGGAAAGCAAAGAGGGAUAAAGAAGAAUUGAGGGCACAAAGAAGGCGUGAAAGAUCCAAAACACCACCAAGUAAUCUUUCUCCCAUUGAGGAUGCUUCUCCCACAGAGGAGUUGCGUCAAGCUGCAGAAAUGGAAGAACUUCAUCGUUCAAGCUGCUCUGAGUAUUCACCAACCAUGGAUUCUGAAGCUGAAGGUUUUGAAAUAACAACCUGUAGGUUGUACAAGUCAGGUAGUGAAUACAACCUCCCUUCAUUUAUGUCCUUGUAUUCUCCAACGGAAAAAUCAUCAAAUUCGGCAGCAAAUCAAAAACCAUUGAAAAGUGCAGAGGAAGCAUAUGAGGAAAUGAUGAAAAAGGCUGAAAUGCUAAAGUCACAGCAACCAACACAAGACACGUCUUAUAGCAGCGCUUAUCAGCCAGAUGAUUACAUUGAGAAUAAUUACAAAUACCAAUCAUCAGAUAAGUCCAAUUACUCAAAGAGUGAGAUACCAUUACCCCAGCCAACCAUAAAAACAGAGCCUCAGAAAGCAAAGCGGGAUAAAGAAGAAUUGAGGGCACAAGUACAUGAGGACACAUCAAAGACUGGAGCACAAACUCCCAAAUUGUCCCAUUCACCAUCACUUGACCUUCGCCUCCAGCAACAAAAUGCCCAACUGCAAAAUCUUGAGCGGUCUCACCAGGAAAAGAAGCUUCUUGAUGCACAAAGUGCUUAUAUUGAACUCGCAAGGCAAACGGAUGCACUCCUUACACCUGGCACAAGUCCCACGCAGUCAUCUGCCCCAAUUUCUUUUAUAACAUCCAACAGUAAUAGAGGCAUCCCUGAUGUUCGGGUAACGCGGUAUUUCACCAGAGACAUGCAGGAACAAAGCCAUACUGCAAAACCCAUGGGAACAAAUGUUAACAAUUCACAAAUAGCUACGGCUUCUUACACAACGUACAAUAAAAGAUCAGCUGUGACAGUGGCCACUGCAGUAGUGGGUCUGUCCUCCAGUAGUGCAGGGUCUAUAGAUCGAUCUGCAGGAUACAGUCAAAUAAGACCAUCAGAUCCUGGAAUGUCAGCACAUUACAAUACUCAAAGUAAUAAUACUUCUGGGGCUAAGAAAUUCGGUGAAUCAUAUGGGUUGUCAAGCACUGAUGGGACAUCCACACAAACAACUGAGAACUUUUUCAAAAGUUCCAGUUCUGAAGGACCUAUUUCCCCUUCUUCUGUACAGAGAUCUAUCGCUCGAACAAACAUGUCGACAAGUCCUAUGGCAGGUAGUAAAUCAACUGCAGAAUUUUCAACGCAGACUUCAAAUAACAGAGUUUUGUCACCUUCCAGCAUGGGCAUGGCUUCAACACCAUCCACAGUGAUGGCACAAGGAACUCAGACUUCAGUGAGGUCAUCCCGCCUCACCAGGCAAAUAUCCUCUCCUGACUCCACAUUCAUGGUCAUUACUCUGGCAUCAAACGUUUCGUCCUCAUCCCAGCCAUUAACUGUUAAUUCAGCUACUUCCCCCAGCAACUCACCUACGAGGCUGAGUCGGCAACAAACCCUACAGGGCUGGACGCAGCCGAUGAUUGCUUCAUCACAUCAGCAGAUUCAGAUGCAAAUGCAGUCCAUGUAUAACAAGUCUUCUUCACAAGGUGAUCGAGUAUCUAUAAUUCAGCCAUUGCAGAGAGGGCAAAUAUCAUCGGUUAUCACGGCUUCUAAUAUGGUUGGCCCAGGUUUAGAAAAUACUUCCUUAAAUGAAGUUUCAAGGACAUGUAGCUCAAUUGUAGAUCUUCGAACAGCUAUUAAGUCACCUCCUGUCAUAAUAACAGAUCAUGGCAUGGAUUUGACAUCCUUGGCUACGGAAAGUAGGAAAUACUCGCUUGAAUCAGACCAACUUCCAUGUCGUCAAUCCACUGCUGUGCAGCCAUUAAUCAUGAAUCUUAAUGUGCAGGAACAUCCACAAAUAAGCACAACUGCUACAACAAGCAUGGGGAUAACAAUAACGUCAUCAAUGGUAAUUUCACAGACAAAAGUGCCGAAGAUAUAUGGUGAUCCUUUCCAGAAUCGUAUGGACCUAGGUCAUGGUACAGCAAAAGCAAUUUGUCUCAUGCAAACAAAACAGCUAGAAUCAAUGGUUCAACCCCCUCCUGGUAUAGAGAGUGGAAGCAACAUUGAUAUGGCAACUGUUAUGGCAAGAUCAGAUCUAGAUAGUCAAAUCCAACCACAUUUUGCUCGAUUCAACUUGGCUAAUCAAAUGACUCCGGUGCGUAAAGUUGACAUUUUAGUGAAUCAGAGCAACAUCAAUAAUGCCAUAAAUAUUAGUGCCAUUCCUAAGCCAUUACCUCAAGACAGUGCUUUUAUUGCCUCACAGGUAAACAAAGAAGCAUCUCUGGAAUUAAAGCCAUCUGCUCCCCUAGCCAACGUGCAUGCAGUGAAAAUACAUGAUACACUGGUGCAACUGGACAACACAGCAGCUGGCACUGUCACAAAGUUGAUAAAAGAUGAUCACCCGUCCAAUGUAAUGAAUUUGACAGGACCAAAACCAGAAGGGGCUGUUUGUUGUGACGUUGUGUAUAAAUUUCCUUUUGCUGAUAGCUGCACAGGUUCAUUUAACCAAGGAUCACAAGUCCCAGAGCUAGCAACAUAUGAACCACAACAAAGUCAAAGGAAAACUGCUCAUCAAUACUAUGACAACAGAAUUCAGGAACCUGUUGAUAGUUACCACUAUAAAGAACCCAUGGCUGCUUACAAGGAUGGUCUUAACUUGUAUGAAGAGCACAAAACAUUUCCGAUGGUAUUCUCUGGUCGACUGCACUCAUCUAUGUCAGACUCCAAUCUGCUGGAGUCCAGCAUUAAUUACAAUUUAUUAAAAAAUGAACCUCUUUAUCACCCAACUGGAGGUGAUAUGGCUGUAGAUCUGAGUACAAUGAAAAAUCCCUACGGUUUAUCAUUCAAUCAGGCAAGGGACUGGGGUCUUGGAAUGCAGUAUGGCUCCUUCACUGAUCUUAGACAGCAGUCUGAUAUCCUCAGCCAACCCCCACCGAUCAGAAGAUAUAGUUCAAUGUCUAAUAUUAACUCAGAUUAUGGAUAUUCGAUGCGCGAUGAUCUGUCAAAUUUUCAGGAGGCCAGUUUGGCCCAUUACAGUGCGACCACUGCUCGGGAAAUCAGCAGGAUGUGUGCAGCUUUGAAUUCCAUGGACCACUAUGGAAGCCGGUACGCAAACAGUUCAGAUUCUAUGCAGUAUGGGACACCUGAUCCGAAUGCACGAUGUGAUGGGCUUUCAAGAAGCAGUAUGAUGAUAAACCAACAAGGAAUGUCUCCAGUAAAACAAAAUCUGAUGUAUAAUCCAACAUUCUCUGAUUCUCGGCGGCGCAUUGCAGCUCGCGGCUAUGGCAGUGUGCCACAUGCUGUACGCAUGAGAUCUGUAAGCCAGAUGUAUCCUCCAACUGCAUCUGUGAGAGCACCGGACGGCAUGAUUUACUCUACAAUCAACACCCCAAUUGCUUCCACUCUCCCUAUUACAACGCAGCCAUCAUCUAUCCUGCGCCCUAUGUUGAGAGGUAUUUACAGACCCUAUUUGCCUGGUGGUGUCACAGCGGUGCCUUUAGCCAGGUUGACCAGACUUCCCCUCGUUGCACCACGGAUGCCUGCCGCAACUUCCCCAAUGUAUCGGUAUCUGCCACCAGACAAAUUUACUGGCGUUUCUACAACUUCAGCAGGUGAAACACCAAUCUAUCUGGGAAAGCCUGGUACAGAUCCCACAGCUAAUGUUAAAACUGCAGGUAUGAAUGUCAUUCAAAAUGUACCAAGUCAAACCAUGCAGAGGCCUGAACAAAGUGAUAUUGCUCAACAACAAAGUGCUUUAGCUUCCAUGGCCCAGAAAUUUAACGCUGAGGCUAAUCAGUCUAAACAGCAGCCAGACUUGGGGAUCUUGCGGCAGCAGCAACAACUCCAGCAACAGCUUCAGCAGCAUCAGCAACUGCAGCAACAAUUCCAGCAACAAUUGCAGCUUCAGCAGCAGCAACUGCAACAGAAUCAUCAGCAGCACCAACAGCCAGUGCAGCAACAUCAACAACAGCCAGUGCAACAGCACCAACAGCCAGUGCAACAGCACCAACAGCCAGUGCAACAGCAAAUGCAGCAGCAUCAACAGCAGCCAGUGCAGCAUCAACAACAGCCAGUGCAGCAGCAUCAACAACAGCCAGUGCAACAGCAGCAACAACAACAGCCAGUGCAACAGCAGCAACAACAACAGCAAAUGCAGCAGCAUCAACAACAGCAGCCAGUGCAACAGCAUCAACAACAGCCAGUGCAACAGCAUCAACAACAGCCAGUGCAACAGCAUCAACAACAGCCAGUGCAACAGCCAGUGCAACAGCAUCAACAACAGCCAGUGCAACAGCAUCAACAACAGCCAGUGCAACAGCAUCAACAACAGCCAGUGCAACAGCAGCAACAACACCCAGUGCAACAGCAGCACCAACAGCCAGUGCAGCAGCAGCAACAAUACCCAGUGCAACAGCAGCAGCAUCACCAACAGCCAGCGCAGCAGCUACACCAACAACCAGCGCAGCAGCUACAGCAAGUGCAGCAGCAUCAACAGCAGGCAGUGCAGCAGCAUCAACAGCAGCCAGUGCAGCAGCAGCAACAGCCAGUGCAGCAUCAUCACCAACAACCAGCACAGCAGCUACAGCAAGUGCAGCAGCAUCAACAACAGCCAGUGCAGCAGCAGCAGCACCAACAGCAAGUGCAACAGCAGCAUCAACACACAGAGAAGCAGCAAAAUCAAGACCGAGAACAGCAUGAACAGAAAGAGCAGCAGCUACAAAAGCAGUUGCAGCAAUUGUUGCAGCAACAACUGCAUCAGCAGAAGCAGCAGGAGGCUCAGCAGAGCGAUGCUGCAAGGGCUGGUGCCAGUCGGAGGAAGCAGGAAGAAAAAGAGGAAGAGCACCAGCGAAAGCAACAGCAAGAUCAUAUUCUGUUCAUUGAGCGGGAACGUGUGGAGCUGGAAAAGCUGAGGCACCAACGUCUGCAGGAAGAGCUGGAGCGCCAGCGGUUGGAGUUGCAGCGGCACCGGGAGAACGAGCAGAUCACUGUGCAGCGUGAACUUCAGGAGCUGCAGACCAUCAAGCAGCAGGUUCUACACCAGCAGCAGGAGGAGAGGCAGGCCCAGCUUGUUUUACAGCGGGAGCAGCUGGCACAGCAGAGGCUGCAGCUGGAACAGAUUCAACAGCUGCAGCAGCAACUCCACCAUCAGAUGGAAGAGCAAAAGGUCCGAAAUACCGUAAGUUUCCCCUCAGUCUGUGAUGCGUCUGGUAGAACCCAUCCACACCCUAUGACAGAGAUGGCUAUUGAGAUGCAAAAAGCAAUCCCACAAAGUGGACAGUACUGGCCUGUAAACCAAGGCUAUGUAGAAGGUGCCUCAGUUCCCACAACGGGCCAAGAAACAUAUCUAUCCCCACAUCAUAGAGUGAUGAUGGAGCCACCACAUCGGUCCACUUCUGAACUUUCCCUUCGACCUGAAGAGCACUUGGAAAAUAGAGGCAUCAGGAAACGAAAUUCAAUGCCUAGAUUGAGGGAUGCUUAUGAGGGAAAUGAUUCAUCAUUGCGCGACCAGUUUGUUGUUAAGAAAAUAGCAGACUGCAGUGUACAAACUGAUGACGAGGAAGCAGAAGAAAGCUACUACAUGGCUCGUCGGAGAAGAACUAAGCGGAGUGUGGAUUGCAGUGUGCAAACAGAUGAUGAAGAUAAUGGAGAAAUGGAGCAACCUACUCGCAGGCGCCGCUCCAGAUUCUCAAAGCACUCGGAUUCAAGCACAGAAAGCAAACGAGAAAUGCUAAAGGCGACGUCGAGUAUUGCCAUACAAACAGUCAGUGAUUGUUCUGUACAAACAGAUCCAAAUGAGCUUGGACCAGUUUCACCUGCCAUCCACAUCACGCCUGAUCCACGUGUGGAAAUUGUGAGGUAUAUAUCUGCUCCUGAGAAGACCCACAAAGGAGAGAGUCUUGGUUGUCAGACUGAGCCUGAAGCACAGCCACAGGGCAUCGUUGGUCCUCACUUUGCAAGUUCUAACACUGUUAAUCCCUACUCUACUAACAUACAGAUUGUAACACCCGGCCCACUGGAUCAAACCAAUGUCAGGCAGCAAGGAAUCAUGAUUGUUCCAAAGUUUGAGAAAAAGAAACCAGAUCCUUUGGAAAUAGGAUAUCAAUGUCACCUUCCACCUGAACGUUUGCCUCAAAUGAUUCGCCAGCCUCCUAAGUCUCCGCAGGUGCUGUAUUCUCCUGUGUCACCACUGUCCCCACAUCGGCUAUUAGAUACAUCCUUUACUUCUUGCGAGAAGCUAAAUAAAGCCCACGUCACUCCACAGAAACAUUUUACCACAGAGUCACCUAAACGACAACAAGGUCUGCCUCGGCCGAUCAAGGUGAUGCAGCGCUCCAUGUCGGACCCAAAGCCUGUCAGCCCGACUUCAGAAGAUUCCGGAAAACUGAGAUUUUUUGUUCCUCAUCAACAAGAUCUAUAUGGAAGUCAGGUUGGAAUCUUACAGCAAAGCACUCUGAAGAAAGUGAAAAGAACACUUCCAAGUCCCCCACCUGAAGAAAUUAUGCAUGGUAGUGUACCACUUCAUCCACAGUUAUUUGGUUCCUCACUGCCUCGCAAACGGGGACCCCUACCUGACCAGAUCACUCGUGAUAAACUCCUAAAGGAUAUCAGUCACGAACUUGAAAAAGUAGAGCAAGAAUCAAACAAACUUCAAAAAAAACAGGCAGAGCUUGAUGAAGAGGAAAAAGAAAUUGAUGCAAAACUACGAUACAUCGAGCUGGGAAUCAAUCGAAGGAAGGACUCUUUUGUCAAAGAUCCAACAAAGCGAGAUAUGGGUUAUGUACGGGGUCUGGGGGAAGACAGGGAUUAUAUGUCGGACAGUGAAGUUAGUAAUGUCAGAAUGUCUUCAUACAAUAGCAACAAUGUCGUAGCUAGACCUCACACUGCUCCAGUUAAUCAGUACUCUGAAUUUUCAAUAGCCCAGCACCCAACCACAUCUCAUUAUCCUCCAUUACAGGUCACUCCUCAGGGUAUGACAAACUAUCAACAUGGAGGAUAUCAACAACUCCAUUAUGCAGUUCCCAAUACUUACCCAUCACAAAACAAUUAUCAGUCUCAUCCCACUUUACAUUCUCAAAACACCUUUCAGCCACAGCAAUAUCCGCAGAACACAAACUACCAGACUGACAGUAAUUUACAGAACAUGGUUGGAUUUCAGACACCUAACCAGUACAAUACUCAUACCACCUAUCCAAAUCCAGGUCCCUUCCAACCUGCUCAGUAUCAGCCACAGGCAAACGUCCCAACACAACAUCAGAAGCCAAGGCAGACAUCAUUGGCUGAUCUUGAACAGAAGAUACCCACCAAUUAUGAAGUAAUUGGUAACACAAAUGUAAUUAUUUCUGCAGCUCCAUCUGAGAAGGUGUACACAACGACAACAGUGAGUAACAACUAUGACCAAUACAAGAACACAGAGUUGAGAGUUGCUGAUAGUGGAAGUGCAAUUGAAAGUCCUUCAACUAACUAUUCAGUGGAUUCCCUGUACGCAAACCUAGAGCACAAUAUUUCUCGCAAUUAUGUUAUGAUUGAUGAUAUAAGUGAAUUGACCAAAGAGAAUACCUCAGCAACGGAAACUCAGAAAGUAGAACCACCUCCACAACCUAAUAAUACAAGACAUGUAAAAGAAAAGAAUGACUUCAUGGAGACAACCAAUUCUAAUAGAACCCAUGCAUACAAUAAAGCUGGUGAUGACUCAGAGGAAGACAUGUAUGACCCCCAAGUAGCAGACCAUCGAGGAAAGAAUGGAUACCAAAGGAAUUCAGAUAGCCAUGGCAGAAUAUCAAAUAGCUCAGGUGGAUCGCCCUAUUACUAUGCAGAUAGCAAUCAUAAACAUUCCCCCCGAACAGACAAGCACAAUUCUUCUUAUGGCUCUCAAAAGCAUCCAUCGAAGCAGCAAGCUCCCGCCGUGGUGUCAACCAAACGCAGCAAACACAGAAAACAAAAUAUAGAACAGAAAAUCUCCAAGUUUUCACCGAUAGAGGAAGCUAAGGACGUAGAAUCUGAUUUUGCUUCGUAUCCUACAACAUCAGCAACAGGGAACACUGUAAUACUGAAGGCACAGAAGCUUCAAGAUGAGAUAACAUAUGGUCUCAAGAAGAAUAUUUAUGAACAUCAGAGAUAUACUGGUCAUGGCAGCAGAGAAUCGCUGCAGGAUUCUGAGAGAGGCUACAACAACGGCAACAGAUCAAGGUCUUCCUCAAUGUAUGGAAUGGAUAAGUCUGGAAGAGAAGCUGCUAGUCCUCGAAGUAAAUCUUAUGAAAGGGAUGCAAUGGAACGGUCUCAAAAGGCAGGAAUGGGCCAUAGUCGACGUCCGAUAAGAGCUCAAGCAUCCCAAGACGAAGGUCCUUUGAGUCCUGUGGGAAGUCAGAUGAAUGCAAGACACUCUAGAGAACCACUCCCACCAAACGUUGUUGACAGCCGAUCUCAGUUUGGCUCUAGCCACUCCCUGCCUGAUGUGCAGGAUGGAAAAGAGACAUCACGUAGCCAUACUUACAGAGAGGAUGACGGUUAUGUCAUGGAUGAUAUGCACUGUGCUGUGUCUGACAGCGAAGCCUAUCACUUGGGCCAAGAGGAGACAGACUGGUUUGAGAAGCCAAGGGAGCGUUCUAGGCAUUACGGUGGACAGUCUUCGUCACAGAGACGUGGCUACCGAAGCCAUCCACGGCGUGACUAUGAUGAGCCAACAGAAGACUCAUGGCACUCGGCAGAUCGUUCACAGUCACGCUAUUCCUCGAAGGAGCACCAGAAGCAGUCUGCAUAUCAGUACGGGGAGCCUGCCCGCCAUUCGUCACGCCAUGCAGUUGAAGAACCAUCUCGAAAGUCAUCGAGGCAGCAAGCAAAAGAGCAAUUUCGCCAAGAAUCCCGGCAAUAUUCUCAACAGCCUUUGCCGAAAAGAAGCCAACAAUCGGAGCAGAGAUCGCAACGAGACGCUCACCUCGGUUCUGCAGAAUGGACCCAGCCUCGAUCAUCUUCCGGGCACCAUGUGGAUGCUGAGCCGCCACGAGCCCAGAAGCACUCGCAGCAACAGCAACAGUUAACCAGAAAACAGGCAGAAUCUCCAUCCCCCCAACAGCAAGCACGGACCCAGCACAGUCAGCCUCCUCCAGCACGGCAAAAUCAUUCACAGCAGCCGGCGCGGCAGUCAGCGUCACAAGCCCGACAGCCUCAACCAUCCCAAGUGCAGUCACCAUCACAAGUACAGCCGCAACAACAGCAACAGCGCCAACCUCAGCCACAGCAACGGGCACGGCAGCCUCAGCAGCAGCAGCCUCAGCAGCAGCAGCCUCAGCAGCAGCAGCCUCAGCAGCAGCAGCCUCAGCAGCAGCAGCCUCAGCAGCAGCAGCAGCAGCAGCAGCAAGCACGGGCUCCGCAACAAGAGCCACGGCAAACCCAGCAGCAGCAGCAGCAGCCACAACAACAAAAACAGCAGCAACCACAGCAGCCGCCACAGCAACAGCCACAGCAACAGCCACAGCAGCCGCCACAGCAGCAGCCACCACCACAACAGGCACAGCAGCCGCCACAGCAGCAGCUGCCACCACAACAGGCACAGCAGCAACAGACAGUUCAGCAACCAGUCGGGCAACAACAGCCUCAACCUCAACCUCAACCCCAGGCACAACAGCCACAAACAAGGCCUACCAUGGCAAAGGUGGAUCAAACAACGACUGCAAAGCCUACAGUAAAACAAGCCGCUGCACCGCAAAGAGCUGCUAACGUACCAGGUUCAAAAGCAGGCGAAGAAAAAGAGGGUGAUAUUGGAGCUUUUGUUACCAAGAUGUUGCCAGGAGCAGCUGCUGAGCAGGCUGGGAAGCUGACUGAAGGCAUCGCUUCUUUUGGCCGUAAAUUAACAUCAUUUUGGUGAUCGCACUGCUCUAAGGAAAGAUAGUGUGGGAUUGGAGAAAGGUGUAACAUACUGGAAAAACCUAUGAAGAAUCAGAAAACAUUCAAUAAGAAACUUAAGAACAUGGGACUCUGUGUAUACUGUAAUGAGGAAGAGGCACAAUUGAGACCUGAAUGGCAGCAGGAUAGUAAAUAUGCACAUCAAAUGGAGCAACUGUUUUUUCCAAGCCUGGCAGAAGGACUGCAGAACAUCUUCAGUAUUGAAGGCCAGACAGCAACAGGAAGCCACGAUUCCGUGCGAGGGCAGAGAAUGAAUUACCUCACUGUCUUAACACGGCACUGCAGGAAAAAUUACCCCAGCAUCUGACAGCUUUGCCAAGGAUUGUCCCAUAGUGGAAAUAGUAGGACAAAGCUCGUCAGUGUCUGUCUAUGCAAUGUGAAGAGGAAAACGCGUCUGAGAAGAAACGUCAUAAUUUGCUGAGACUUUAAACAAGGUUGGCUGUGCCUUAUGUAUUUUGCAGGUUGGCUGAAGAAGCUUUUUCGAGAAUCUGAUGUCUUUGGUUCUCAGGAUAACUUUACACAUGGGCACAGAAAGAAAAUUUGGAAGCCAACAUUUGACCAAGUUCAAACUGCUUGUUUGGUGGAAUUUUAAAAGUGAAGCAUUCAGGCCUUGAGAACUGAGCUAUUGGCUAUCACUGACAACUUUCAGUGAUGGUUUGGAGAUGCCUUCUGCCUCAUGAUGAAUAUUUGGAAUUAUUUAACCUCCAAACGAUGUUUGCAGAAUUUGGGAUUCCUUAUGCCUGGGCUUGCUCAGUGCCCUCUUUUCUUGGACCCUGGAGGGACAGGCAGCAUGCACAGAGUCCAGUUUCUCUCUCUUGAGCUUUUGAUCUUCAUAGGUUUUACUGUAUUCAUAGACUAGAAUUCCUUGAGGUGAACUUACUACCUUUUUUAGGGCUGGGAGCAAAAGCUCCAUUUUCCCCAAACAUUCCACUCUUUUGUUCAUUUUCCAGCUAAUUCUUUGAGAUGGGCAAGUGUAGCGAUACGUGCACAACUCUGUGGACCCAGAGGCAUUCUGGAAAAGAAUGCCAGUACUCAGCCCCUUACCCAGGACCUAGCACUGUUCAAUGAUUGUGAAACACAAACACUGGUCACACAAACCAAAAGUGUUAAAAAGUAAUCACGUCACUGGCGACAUCUGGAUUGACAUUGUGGACAGACAUGCCAUGCAGUUAUCACAAGCUAUUUCAUUACAUUGCUAUAGAUGUAUUCCACGCAAUGUUUUUACAUUAACAUGCUUGCCUGUAUUUUAAUGUAUGCUAUUUUGAAAUCGCCUUAAUCAUUCCAAUUUUGUAUACCUCAAAAGACUUUUGUUUCUCUCUUUCGGACAACCUGCAUUUUUUUUUCCUCAUCGCUACACAGUACUGGAUUUGUAUUGGGUAGAAAAGGAGGGAUGGUACUAUUAGAAGCAAUAGGUCAGUGGUAGGCUGACAAGAGCACAAAUGUGGAGGAGAAAGCAUGCCUCUGCCCUGCAUUUAUGGUAAUGUGCAAUUCAUUUGGGCUUCCAUUCAUCAGAAUAAGAUGAAGGAAAACAAUUACCAAUUCAGAUUUUCUAUGCAAUGAUAAGAAAACUGUGUUAAUAUUUAAUACUGAAUUUAAUGUUACAUAUGGCGUAAAUUAAAAUGAUAUUGAUAUUGAGAAGCAAUGUUUGUAACUGUAACUCAUUGAUUGGCAUAACCUGUCAAAAGUGGGGUGUUGCUGAACAAUUGACAGGAUCAGUUGCCAAAGGCAUAGCCACAUUAAAGCAGUGAGUUAGUAGUGUGCAUGUCUGUCUGCAGAGCAUGACUUGCUGAUUCAGUGCUUGCCUUCCAUUUAGUAUUGCAGUUGUUAGUGUUGCCCAUAUUAAAUAUAUUGUAUGCACUUGCUAUUGGCAAGCCAUAACUAAGGAAAUUCUAUACUUGGAGAGACCUACCUGGUCACCCAUGGGAAUUCCCAGUCCUUGAGCACGCUAGUUCUAUUCAAGGUAUCCAAAGAGGGAUUCCUACCCUCUCAGCUCAUCUAGCUCACUGUUUCUGGAAUGGCAAUUCCCAAUUCAGAAGUACUUAAGCAUCUUUCCAUUAUGUCUUCUAAAACAAAUGCUAAACAUAGAAAUCUUGACCAGAGAAAGCUGCAUUAUGGUUUAAUAUGACCUCAUGACAGUAGGUUGGAGAAUAUUGAUUAUUUUCUUACCAUUGAGCUUUGGAAGGUCAAACUGUUUGUGUUAAAAAUGUUGAAUCCAAAAGUUUUGCAUUUGAAUCCAAAAGGAAUUUCUUUGUUUCUUAACCCCUUGCAAUAUGCCUACUUUAUUUCCUUCUCUGUAAUAUUACCCUUGGUACUAUGGUAAUCUAUCUUGAAAAAAGUGAGAUUAUAAAUUCUUCCCACACACCCAAUAUCAAUAUAAUCAAUUCAACUGCUGGAGUUCCGAUUUUAAAACAUAGUCAUCAUUGAUCAUCUGAGGUUCAGAUCUAUCUACCACCAGCUACUUUACAUUUUGCUUAUGCCUUAGACUAUCAGCCUCAUAUUUCUACCAUAUCGCUAGCUGAAACCCAGAAAAUAAUUUUGAUCGUGGGUAUGUUUAUUCCAGUUGACCCAUUUGAUUCCAUCACAAGCCCCUCAAGUCAACAGCAGAGCCAUAAUUAUCCAUUUUUUUGCAAAGAUUCUUGUAGGUGCCAUUCUUUCUAGGCUGGUUGGCUUUGUUGCCUACUGUUCCUUCCCCAUAAACACCUUUGAUUAUAGUAUAACCAGUAUCUAUUAUCAUCCAUAUUCUGUCAUUAACCUGUUAGUAUGCACCAAUGUAUGUAACUGCAUCAAUAAUCAUCUCUCAAAAUUUUUUUUUUUUUAAUGUCAGCCGACAUUAUUAUUCUCAUUUAAUCGUAUAUUCAGUAAGAAUCAGAGGACAAAUUGUAAUCAGAUGGCAGUAUUGUUUUGAGAGAUGCAGUAACAUUGCUUUAUCAAACUGCUACUCCCAUGACUUUAUUUGGCAGCGUAUACACAGAUUAUAAAUAAAGAGAAAUGCCUUGGUUCUGUAAAAAUAAUCAAAUCUAAUUUCAGAAUAUCCAGCAUUAAAAAUGUACAUAAAAUUAGUUGUGAAUCUAUAUGAAAGUGUAUAUUUUAAAAGCUAUAAAAGAUUUAUUGUUGAUAAGUUUAACGCAUUUAGAUUGUAGAUGAUUUCCGGGGAUGUGCAAUCAAAGAUUACUUCCUCUCAUUGUGGUAGUUGUGAAUGAAGAAAACAGAUGAUGUCUGUAAACCACUGCCACCACCCAUGAGAGUUAGCGUUCUCACCUCACAGAUGCAGAAGAGUGAAUUUCAUUCAAUCUUUCUCAAGCCACUCAUGGCCUGAUGUUUUCAUGCCACUUCAUUCAAAAGAAAACCCCAGUACGGAAAAUGAAACUUCAACAUUGGAAAAAUCAUCAUUUGUAAAAUGUGGAAAAAUUAGUAUUAGUAUUGGAAGGGAAAUUAAUACUUAAAUUAAUUUAAAGCUCUCAUGAUUGGCAUCUCAAGUAAGGGUGAUAACACAGUGAGGCCAUGCAAACAUUCAGUAGAGAUGGACAUAAUAGACAAACAGUUGAGGCAAAACUAUCAUCUCCAUGAAACAGGCUGUUCCUCAGGUUUUUAAACACAUAUGGAGUUCUUUCAUCUAGGGGCCUGCAUAGUAUAUAAAGGGUUACACUCACUGUCAAGUAAUUAGUGAUGGGCAUUAAAUGCUGGCCUUGCCUAUAACACCCACAGCCAUUACAAAAAGAUAUGUUGGUGCUCUAAUGCUGAAUUACUGGACUGUCACCAUUAAAGAACAUAACUGAGCUAUGCGAAUACCAAAAUAGCCAUUAGGUAGUCAAAAUUAGUGUGACAGUAUUGGAAUAUACCCUGCAGAUUCCAUGUACUGCGCAUUAGUAAUCAGCAUAGUCCCUAGACUCAGCCAUGUGGAACAUUGUACACUGGCCAGGUUGAAUUACAAAACAAGAGUACGCACAGUCAAUAUCUAAAGCAGAAUUAAUAUAUAUUUUGUUCAGACACAUGCACGUAAAGUGAUACUUCAAGUGCACAAUGAUUCAAAAUGUAAACUGACUGCAGUACAUGUCAGGAGAUGUUUACAAAUAAUUCUAUUAAUCAUGCAGAUUCUUAAUUACAUUUGUGUAGUCUUUGAACAUUCAUUUGGAUUUCAAACAUGACUCAGGUUCAUCACCAAGCAAAUAUUCACUUAACGUGAAAAGUGUACACAUUUAAUAUGAAAUUGAGGACUGCAGAUGGAACACAUGCAAUGCAUGUCCUUUAUACGAACAGCACAAGUACACUGGCCACAGUAUAAAAAUCAAACAAAUUUGUCACUGACAUCAAAUUAUCACUCAGCUUUAUAAAAACUUCAAUCAUUUUGCAAUCACUAGUUUAUCAGUCAAGUUACUAUCUCAUCUCGCAGCUCAUCUGUUGUCCUCAUUCAUUAGUAAACCACAUUUCCAAGGGGAGGCAUCGCACUGAAUUCUCAGUGAAAGUGAAUUGUUAGAGGAGGGGGAAAUGAAUGAUAUUUAGAACCUAUUAGGCCCAAUAAUUAUAUUUAAGAGACAGCCCCAGAUAACCGAAUGGAUUAAGAUGGGGAGCAAUUAAAACUCGAGACUGAUCUCAGGGUGUUAAUAAAGAAACCACGAUAGGUCCAGGCAUCGUGAGCCAAGCAGAGAAUAAUUUUGCUAAGUUCUCACAUCUAAUCAUACACUGUAAAAUUAAUGUGUAUGGAAAUUUUAAGAGCUUCGAUCACAUCUUUCCCUCCCGCGCUCUUAAUCCAACAGUCUGAUAACCUGUUCUCAGUCUAUGAAUAAAGACUGGCUGGAGUGUGAAAGAAUAGCACCUGCUCGGGGAACUAUACACCAGCGAGGGAUCAAUGUCAAUAAAUGUAAAAGAAAAAGAAUAAAAAGUUCCUGCUUGUGCUGUAAAAUAUUGAAGUGUCUAAUGUUGGUAUCUUGCUUAUUUGAAUGCUCCAUUUGGUUCCCUCAAAUUUCAAAUCAGUAUUUGAUGAGAACUCCUGAAGAACUGAAUACCCCUAACUCUCCACUCUGUUUUUACCUGAUGCUUUACAUUCUAAUCUUCCUCUUUCAUCUGAUAAAUUUUCUCUCUCUCAGCUCCAGUGCCUGUACCCAUGGGAGCUCCAAGUAUACCCUGAGAGGUGGGAGAUAUGGACUAUAGAUCAUUGCUCCCCAAGUAGGAUAAUUUAGUUUCCCCAGUUCCUCCUUUUUUGUUGCCUGGCCAAUCCCUGUUUUAGCCCUUUCCCCCAAUAAAAUGAAUUUUCAGUUAGUGCAGCCUCCAUUUUAUUCAAGAUUAAACAUUUGAAUGCAGUUGAUUGACUGCUGAAAAUGAUACCCGUUUCUUUCUUGUAAAUAAUUGUAUAGCGUGUAAAUCUCAUUCAGAUUAUUUAAACAGCCACUGGGUGUGUUUCACACAUGCCAGCAAUCCUGCCAAUUCAUGCUUGUUUAAAAAAAAAUUUAAAAGCAAAAAAAACACCGUGUUUGCGGCUGAUUCGUAUAGACUGUUGAGAUAUUGUAUUCAGUUGUUAUCGUGUAGAGUUUUUACAUGUUGUGUAUGAAAAUGAAGUGACUUCCUAAUAUAAACCUAACUUCCAUGUAUUUGGAAAGAGGAGUGCAAAACUCACUGUUAUAAGUGCAAUGAAUAAUUCCUUGUUUGAACAUUGUAAAUGUAUGUAUGCUGCAUUGUAUACCGUGGUUGUAGUAUUGAAUAUAUGAUAUUGUAUAAUGUGGUUGUGUAAAAUGUGUCUGACCAAAUCAUUUCCAUGGAAACCAAUAAAGACCUUGAUUUAAAAAUGU